AUCAUAUUGAAUUGAUAUUAAAUGGAAUAAUUAAAUAUAUUGUACUCAUAGUUUAUGAUCAAAACGUGUCACUAUUUAAAAAGAAAAUAAAAAUAAGAAAAGUUUUCAGCAUUAAAAUGGAAAUCCCCAAACAUCUCUUAAAACCCUAAGUUUUGUAUUGCAAGUGGUGCCUGUAGACUGCACGCCGGGUGCACUCCCGCUACCACCGGACGCCGCCGACCACUGAACGCCGGAGCCAGAACGCUGCUCCACCUGCUUGCCGCUGUUUUAAAAGGUUUUGGGUGGCCGACCCUAACAAGAUGAUCCGAAGAAUUGCCCAAAUCAACCAUCUGAACACCUCAACCCCGACCUCUCUCAAAGCUCUGAGCCACCAACUACUGCAGCGAUGCUCAGUGAGCAGAACAGCAAAGGGCAAGGGAAAAUUGAAGGCAGGGCAGCCCUUGAAGAGAACCAAAGUAUCUACCAAAAAGGGCUCCGAAACCACAACAAAAGAAGCUCCUAGAAGAAAAAGCGAGUUCGAUGAAAUGCUCGAGGAAUGCUUGGGCUCCACUUCGCCGCUUCGUUUCUUGAAGCCCAAAGAGAUGGCCCGAGAGUCCGAGAGGGAGAAGAUGGGCCUGAUAUCCAAAGCCCGAGAAGAGGAGAAGAAGAAGCUGAAGAAGAUGGGGAAGGAGUUCCAGUCUCCAUGGAUGAUUGGGACUCCGGGGUUGGACUUGAUCUCUUUGGGUUUAGUUGACGCAGAGAAGAUCCCAAAGUAUGAGCUAACGGUUGAGGAUGGGCGGAUGCUGGCAAAGGAGUACAGCAGGGUAUUGAUGAGGAAGCACAGGGAAAGGCAGGCUGCUGAGUCAACACUGUUGAGGCUGAAGAAAGAGGCCAUUGAGGCAUUGCCUGAGAAUCUGAAAGCUGCUGCCUUGGUUCCAGACUUGACUCCAUUCCCCAUGAACAGGUUUAUGGCCACUUUGACCCCUCCAAUCGAAGGGUAUAUUGAGAAGGUUCAGGAGGCAGCAAGAAGGGGCUCUGGAAGGGAGAAGCUCAGGUGAUUUCUUUUCUUUCGGGUAUCUGGUUCUUGCUGAAUUUGCAUGUUGCAUCGCCUUCACUUGUUAGGAAAUGGUAUAAAAUAAUGGUCAUGUAAUGGU